AUGACCUUGUUUCAGACAAAAAUAAUAAUAUUUAUAUAUCAGUGCUCUAUAUUAAUCAUUCAUAAUAAAAAUGUUUUUGAAAAUUGGAUUGUAAUAAAAGAUAAAUCUCUUACCAUAAAAAAUUUAUUACCUAUAAGACUAUUAGCCCAAAUCAAUUCAAAUAAGCCAAAAUAUACUAAAUUACAUGAACAAGAUGAUUCAGGACAACAAGCCCAAGGAAAGGAAAACAAAAAUGAUUUUAUGUUUAUACACAAAUUAAUACAUGAAGAACUUCAAAAAUAUGAUUCAGAUAAAUACUUAUAUAAUGGAAGAAACGCAAAUGAAGAUUAUAUUGAUUAUAAAAAAGAAUUUGAUUUAAAACAUGAACAACUAACUUUUAAAUUUAAUAUUAAACAUAUGAUCUACAAAAAAAUUAUGAAAUAUUUCCUAAAAAGAAAAACUAAAAAACAUUUUCAAAAAAUGGUGAAAAAAUUAUUCUCUAUUCCAAAAAAAUCCAUAACAAAAGAUAUUUCAUACGAACAAAUAAAGAAUGAAAACAAAAAAAAAACAAAAAUAGAAAAAGAAGCAUCCACAUGUAAAACAAUUUUUCUUUCUUCCAUUUUGUCUUCAGUUUCUAUCGGUUGUUUUUUUACUGCAUGUAAAUUAUCUGGACUUACUUGUACUAUAUUUGGAAUGUGUAAAGCAGCUACAGCGUCUGCUGUAACUCCUGUUGUUUGUACAAGCGUAGGUGCUACUACUGCAACAUGUCCCUUGGCUCUCAUUAUUACACUUGCAAUAAUUGGAAUAAUUUGCUUAAUAAUUAUAAUAAUACUUGCUAUUAGACUAUUCAGACAGUAUCGCUGUAUAAAUGAUGAAAGCGAAGAAAAUUAUUCAGAGGAAGAAUAUUCAAAUGAAUAA